AUGAGGUCUAGUUUUAAAACAGAGUUUGAUUUUGAAAAGAGGAAAGCUGAAGCUGAGAGGAUAACAAGCAGGUUCAAGAAUAGAAUCCCAGUUAUAUGUGAGAAAGCUGAAAAGUCUGACGUACCAGAAAUUGAUAAGAGGAAAUAUUUAGUACCUGAUGACUUGACUGUUGGUCAGUUUAUCUACGUUAUAAGAAAAAGGAUUCUUCUACCACCGGAAAAGGCGAUAUUCAUAUUUGUAAAUGAUACUCUACCUCCAACAGCGGCUCUAAUGUCUACUGUAUACCAAGAACAUAAGGACAUGGAUGGGUUCCUGUACGUUACUUAUUCUGGCGAAAACACUUUCGGUAAUGCGUUAUAG